GGUUUUCCGACGGUUCCUUCCGUUUUCAUCCCUGCCCUGCUGCGGUGUGCAUUGACCCUUCUCGGCCCUUUCCCCCUCCCGAUAGCGGCGGCGCACCUCCUUAUCCCGGCGAUUUGGGCUCUCUCGGCGAGGAGGCUGUGAUCGGAGCGGCUACAACAGGAGAUCUUGGUUAGCGUACACUGAAGAGGAGAACAGGAGGCAGUUCGGCAACAAAGCAAGGCACAGUCGCCAUGGAGGUGCAAGGAGGAGGCGAACUGGAGAACGCCAGCAAGCACGAAGCGGAGGCGGAGUACCAUUCGCACGACUUCGAAUGGGAGGACCUCAAGGCGAAGGUGGAAGCCGACCCUGCCUUCUCCUACCACCUCUCCCCUUUUCCCGGCCAUGCCACGACAGCCACCACCUCGCCGCUGCCGCCGUCCUCCUCGGAGGCCUGGAGAAGCUUCCACCGCCACCACGCCUCCGGCAAGUUCUUCAAGGAAAGGAGGUAUUUGCUUAAGGAAUUUCCUGAACUGCUUAACAGCAAAGUUUGUGCCAAGAUUUUAGAAGUGGGGUGUGGGAAUGGAAGCACUGCUGUUUCCAUUCUACGGUCUAGUGAAAGCGUCACUGUCUUUGCUUGUGACUGUAGUAAAGACACUCUUGAGAAGGCAAAUGAGAUUAUAUCCAGUACAAAAGGAAUUGAUAUCAAGGAUAGGUUCCACCCCUUUUUAAUGGAUGUUUCUAAAGAAACUUUUCCAGAUUGGUUAUUCUGCAAAGCCUGUCAAAGUUCACUUGGAAAGGCUGCUGAACUUUUACUUGAUCCAAGCCAUCAUAAAAUACGAAAAGAGCACCUAGUCUUCCUGAGAGAGAAUCAAUGUUGUGUUGGUGGCAUGGAUUUUAUUACCAUGAUAUUCACAUUGUCAGCCAUACCCUUCGACAUAAUGCCAACUACUAUAGAGCAAUGUGUCUCUGUUCUGAAACCAGGUGGCCUUAUUCUGUUUAGGGAUUACGGUCUUUAUGACAUGACGAUGCUCCGGUUUUUACCUCAUCAAAGAGUAGGGUUUCGGGAAUAUGUACGAUCAGAUGGUACCUUUUCAUACUUCUUCUCAUUGGACACUGUGAGAGAACUUGUUCAUACUGCUGGGUUAAUAGAGCUGGAGCUGGAAUACUGUUGUAUCAAUUCAGUGAAUAGAAAGAACGGAAAGAAGAUGCAGCGCGUAUGGGUGCAUGGCAAAUUUCAGAAACCUACGAGUUGACGCUGGUUAGCUGUGGAGGUAAUAACAUAGGCCAGAUAGUUUUGUACUUUUAUGUAGCCACUUGCUUCAAAAGUGCAGUGAACAUUUUGUAAUGACAAACUUAUCGAUAUCCCUGCCUCCACUCUAGCCAUUCCAGGCACCAGAUAAGAGACACCCGAGCUCCAUUUUUCUUU